AUGAUACUAGACAAUGAUCUGGACGUCUUAGUCCUGACAGAAUCCUGGCUAACAGGUAACCAGGGAGAUGACCUAGUAAUUGGUGAUAUUAAGUCAACACUUCCGAAUUAUGAUCUGUUGCACUGUCCUCGCAUUGGAUCCAAAGGUGGUGGGAUCUGCAUUGUGUAUCGCUCUUCGGCCCAGGUGACCUUGAACAGUAGGAUUGAAUUUACAUCUUUUGAACUUAUGGAUGUUACUAUCCGGUUCUCCGCGGUAUCAGUUUUCAGAUGUUAUGCAGUAUACAGACCUCCGCCUUCGGCAAGCAACAAGUUUACCUACAACAUGUUCCUGCAGGAGUUUCUCACUCUUCUUGAGUCUGCGGUAAUUUCAGACAACAUGCCCCUCGUUCUGGGUGAUUUUAACAUCCACAUUGACGAUGGGCUCGACACUCAGGCUAAGUCCUUCAUGAACUCCAUCGAUUCACUGGGCUUCUCUCAACACGUAAACGGGCCGACCCAUCGGGCCGGCCACACGUUGGACCUGAUCAUGUCGAGAAGAAUAGAUGACAUUAUUUCAUCGGUCCGCAUUCUGUCCGGGCUCUCGUCUGAUCAUUCAGCAAUCAUCGCUGACGUCAACCUUACCGCUCCCAAGAACACAAAGAAACUUGUGCAGUACAGGCAAUUUCGGAAUGUUGACAUUGCAUUUUUUAAACAAGAUAUUCUGAAUUCUUCCCAGGCUACGUCAACGCCAGAGCAUUCUUCUGAAGCAGUUGGUGGGUACAACGAUAACCUGAUCCAGCUAAUCGACAGACAUGCCCCGUUGAAGAGAAAGAAUAUCACAGUUCGACCAUCUGCUCCCUGGUACACGGAGGAGUUGAGAGAGGCCAAGAGAAUCAGGCGUCAAGCAGAACGACAGAUGUUGAGCUCUGGCCUUUCGUUCGACAAACAACAGUACCAGGAAAAGUGUUUGUCUUAUUACACUGCUCUCUACGAAGCCAAAUCCAAGCAUUUGACUGCUAAGAUUGCUGAAGCUGACACCAAAGAGCUUUUUCGCAUUGUCAAGAGACUUACUUCUCCUUCCAGUCAGGAAACCAUCCUUCCUGAACACCGGACUGCUGUUGCAUUGGCCAAUACUUUUGGAGACUACUUCAAUGAUAAGAUCGCCAGUACCGUGUCCGGAGUUCAGACCUCUGCUGCAAACCCACAGUUUAUGUCUGGUGCAAAUCGAGUGCCUGACUUGGGGCCAGACAAAUGUCUUUCAGAGUUUACACCUGUUCCCCUAAAUCAAGUGAAGAAACUCAUUGACUCGCUCAAGCCUAAAUCAUGCAGCUUGGACCCGGUGCCAUCGUGGCUCGUAAAGACUUGCGUUGACGAACUUUUGCCGAUCAUCACAUCGACAAUCAACCUCUCCCUCAUGUCUGGUGAAGUCCCCGAAGCAUUUAAGACCUGCCUCAUCACACCUCUCUUAAAGAUCGAAGCCAUCGCCCGACAGGAAUGA